AGUCACCACACACACACAUGAGAAUUUUCCAAGUUUUUCCAGGUUUCUCGAAGAAACGGCUGUAAAUGAAUUAAUUUAAUAUGCAGUCACCUACUGGUUCAAUUCCUCAUCAAAUACCCAGAUGGGGUCCAGAUAAACAGUUUAGUGAUAGAGAAAGGUGGAUUUGCAUCUACCCAGCAUAUAUCAACAGUAAAAAAUCUUUAGCUGAGGGUAGGAAAAUAUGCAAAACAAAGUGUGUUGAAAACCCUACUCAUCAAGAAAUUAGGGAUGUAUUAGUAGCUGCAGGAUUGAAAGUUGGUGUUGAAAACAAGUUAUACAGUAGAGAAAGGAGUAAAGAAUUGCUCUAUCGAGGAAGAAUCAGGGUGCAGUUGAAAAAUGAUGAUGGCAGUUUGUUCAACUCUGAUUUUUCUACUAGAGAUAGCAUAAUGUAUCAUCUAGGUGAUAUGAUACCUAAGUUGAAGUCAAGACAAAAUAAAAGUACUGGAGAGUCUUCUCAAAACACAGCUACUGUAAAAAACAAAGGCAAAGGUAAAGGAAAAAAAUGAUGAAAAAUAUCUCAAUAAAGGGAUUAUAAAGAAAAACUUCUCAACUUUACCAUGUUUUUCCUUCCUAAUAUGUAUAAAAAAAACCUAAAUGAAGUAGCAAAUUAUUGACAUGGGUUAAUUGGAAAUUUUAGAAAAUAUGUCAAAUUUCUCACUUCAUGGAUAUAGGUAUAGUAUCAAUUUCAAAUAUUAGGAAAUGUUAUGAGCUUGUGAAACCUCCACAUAUAAUAUAUGAUUCCAACACAAUUCUCAAUAACAUGACAUUUUUCUAUGCAAUAGAAUGCACCUGUAUAAGUUAUCACCUACUGGUUAUUAUGCUAUUAAAACAUCCUGUCAUGAG